AAUAUGGAGCCCUUCGCGGAGGGGAGGGAGGGGGCCGCCCACCAACAGCCUUUUAACCCCCGGACAGGCUCCCCGGGCUCAGUCGCCUCGCCCAGCCUCGUCCUCCGUCCUCCAUCCGUUGGCUGACCGGCAAGACAUUGUCUCCUUCCUCCGUCCUCCUCCUCCUCCUCCUCCGCUGACCAUGGCGAACAAAGGGCCCUCCUUCGGCCUGAGCAGAGACGUCCAGGCCAAGAUCGAGAAGAAGUACGACGACGAGCUGGAGGAGCGGCUGGUGGAGUGGGUGGUGGCCCAGUGCGGGGCCGACGUGGGACGGCCCGCCGAGCGCGGACGGCUGGGCUUCCAGGUCUGGCUGAAGAACGGCAUCGUGCUGGGCAAACUGGUCAACAGCCUCUACCCAAGUGGCUCCAAACCAGUGAAGAUCCCCGACUCUCCGCCCAGCAUGGUCUUCAAGCAGAUGGAGCAGAUCUCCCAGUUCCUCAAGGCCGCCGAGGACUACGGCGUGGUCAAGACGGACAUCUUCCAGACGGUGGACUUGUUUGAAGCCAAGGACAUGGCCGCGGUGCAGAGGACGCUGGUGGCCUUGGGCAGCCUGGCCAUCACCAAGGACGAUGGGAACUAUCGCGGGGACCCUUCCUGGUUCAUGAAGAAAGCCCAGGAGCACAAGCGCGACUUCUCCGAGAAGCAGCUGAAGGAAGGCAAGAGCAUCAUCGGGCUGCAAAUGGGGUCCAACCAGGGGGCUUCGCAGGCGGGCAUGACGGGCUACGGGCGGCCCAGGCAGAUCAUCAGCUAAGGCCGCCUCCGGACCCCCGCAAGACCCCCAACACACCCCGACAACCUCCUUCCAUCCAUCCUUUCCUUCCUUUGCAAUCCCUGCUUGGCUGCAAAAAGCACCCUCGCUCCCAUUAGCCAUGUGCAAAAAAAUAUGAUUCAAAACUCAUUACAACAUUUCGUUCCCAAAACGUUCCUGGCGAAAAUUUCGUUCCGAAAUUGGUUUUGUGCAUGCUCUUGGGGAAGCUUCCCGAGCUCCUUUCGUUUUUGCAGAUAUAGAGGAGAAAUUUGCUAUGUUUAUAGAAUAUGUUCCCCGCUGUUAGCAUGCCAAGUUUUGGAGCAUUUCACCCAUGCAUGGAUUUAUGGGGAAUUUUUACCAUGUUUUUCGUUCCGAAAUUCAUUUCAUGCAUGCUUGUGGGGAAGAUUCCGGGGUUUUUUCUCCCUCGUUUUCGCAGCGAUCAGGGCGAAAUUUGCUAUGUUUAUAGAAUAUGUUCCCCACUGUUAUCAGGCCAAGUUUCGGAGCGUUUCACCCAUGCAUGUAUUUUUGGGGAAUUUUUACAAUGUUUUUUGUUCCGAAAUUCAUUUCGUGCAUGCAUGUGGGGAAGCUUCCCGAGCUCUUCUCCCUCAUUUUCGGAGAUAUUGGGGCGAAAUUUGCUAUGUUUAUAGAAUAUGUUCCCCGCUGUUAACAUGCCAAGUUUCGGAGCGUUUCACCCAUGCAUGGAUUUUUGGGGAAUUUUCACCAUAUUUUUACAAAACAUAUAUUUUUUUAAAAAGCACAAGAGCAAUCGCCUCGGGUUUCGUAGGCUAUGACCCUAGAUAACAGGGGAUCAUUCCUGCCAAGUUUCGGAAAAAUACACACAACUAUUGAUUUUUUGGGAAUUUUAAAAUUCUUUUGCAUGGGCCAACUUGGGUGCUUCAUCCGAAAAGGAAGGCCCAAGUUGGCCCAUGCCUGCUGUAAACAAUGGAGAGGAAUUAUAUCCCCUUCUCUUCCCCUCUGUUUUGUAUUUCAUCGUCGUCGUCCAUCGAUUAAAAACAAAAUAUACGACAUUUUAAAAUAAAAAAAAGCUUUCUUGGUCUUUUAUUUGGAGCCUCCGUCCCCAUUUCCCCAAGUCCGGAAAGCUGGGAAAAUAGACACAACAAGGCCGAUGACACGCAACACAAGGAGCGGGAUCCAAAGGCACCUUUGGUCAGCGUGGGUUUAGUUUUGGAAAGAUGCAAAAGAAACAGGUCCCGGCUGUCGACGUUGUUGUUUUUCCAACAAAAAUG